AUGGCGACAAUAAGUGGAGUAGCAAGAGAUUCUAGCGUACAAUUUAAUAUUUAUUUGAGAAAAGCCGAUGAAUAUGCGGAGAAACUCCUACGAGGUACACCAAAUGGAUUGACAUUAGCAAAUUUAACAUGCGGUCUAUUUUCAUUAAUUAUGGCUAUGAAUGGCCAUUAUCGGUUUUCCUCAUUGUUUAUUAUUUUUGCUGGUCUAUUUGAUUAUUUUGAUGGACGUCUUGCUCGAAUGCUCCAUGUGUCAUCGGAUAUCGGUGCACAGUUAGAUUCAUUAGCGGACAUUGUUUCAUUUGGUGUUGCACCAGCAAUACUCGCUCAUUCAAUAAAACCUUGGUCAUUUUUUAUGAUUAUUGCUUUUAUUAGCUUUCCUUUAGCGGGUGCAUGGCGUCUAGCAAGAUUUAAUGUUCAUCCAACACAUGAUUAUUUCAUUGGCCUUCCUAUUCCAGUAGCUGGUAUUAUCGUUGCAUUACUCGCAAUAUUUUCUUUUGUAUCACCUUUAAUUAUGAUUGGACUUGCUCUUCUUAUGAUAUCUCCAUUACAAGUACCAAAAUUAUAA